CCCUCUUCUUUUCCUUCAACCAUCUCUCUCUCUCUCUCUCUCUCUCUCUCUACAUAUACAAUGCUAUAUACGCAUGAGUGCGCAUGAUAUGGUAACGUAAGACCUGGAGCCAAGUAUCCAAAAUCUUUUCAGUUCUGGGCCCUGCGCUGCCGGAGACUCGCCGGGGUUUUAUCCUGUGGAGAUUCUGAAGAUUGUUCUGCCGUUGUUCUCUCUGCCACUGAUUAUACACGUUCUCUAUAAAGUUGAGCUCAAGGGUGGAUAUCCUAGCUUCUCAUUUCUGCGAAGCUCAAUUCAAGGGUUUUCUUUUGGGGGGAUUUGACUGAUUUUUCUGAAAGAUCUAGGGCUUCUUUUUUGGUACUAUGUUUGAAGAUUGGAAGGAUUGACAGAGGCGUGGAAAAGCUAAUUUACUGGUUUUUGAAGUUGUUUCGGAGGCAAUAUACAGGUUGCUCGUAAGAUUUAAAAAAAAGAAAGGAAAAAAAAUAAAAAUAAAGGAGGAAAUGCUGACGUGUAUAACGUGUUCGAAACAAAGGGUGGAGGAGGAGAAUGAAGGGGCGCGUGGGACGCCAAGUACAAAAGAAGCCGCCAAAAGCCUGACGGCGCAGAUCAAGGACAUGGCAUUGAAAAUGUCAGUUGCCUAUAGACAAUGCAAGCCAUGUACAGGUUCCAGUACCUACAAGAGAGGACAGCGACCUUUCCCAGACUUUGAUACCAUUUCGGAAGGGCUUCCAUACCCGUUCAUGCAACCAGGAAGCUCGAGUUCAACACCCGCAUGGGAUUUUACUGCCAAAGGUCAUCCAAAUGGUGGAUCAGCUUCAAGAUUCAGGGCAUUUGGUGGGGACCGGACCCCUGGAGCAUUAGGAUAUAUCUCUGCCCAAUCUGGUGAAGUGGUGCUUGAGGAUGAGGACGAGCCCAAGGAAUGGAUGGCACAGGUGGAGCCUGGUGUUCAAAUUACCUUUGUGUCUCUUCCACAUGGUGGGAAUGAUCUAAGGAGAAUCCGCUUCAGCCGGGAGAUGUUUAAUAAAUGGCAAGCUCAACGGUGGUGGGGUGAAAACUACGAUCGAAUCAUGGAGCUUUAUAAUGUUCAGAGAUUCAAUCAGCAAGCUCUUCAUACUCCCCCAAGAUCUGAGGAUGAGCAGAGAGAUUCUUCUUACUCAAGACAAGAAUACCCCACGACUCCAUCACUAAACAAAGAAUGGACGCCAAGAAACUACAAUAAACCUUCUGGCAGUAACGGGUAUUUCCCACCUGAGCCUUCAGAUCAAGGUGGGGGCCACCACUACAAUCCUGGAUCAAUCGAUGCGUCACGGACAACAACAUCUUCCAGAGACGAGGCUUCAGUUUCCAUUAGCAAUGCUAGUGACAUUGAGUCAGAGUGGGUUGAGCAAGAUGAGCCCGGAGUUUACAUUACCAUCAGACAACUAGCUGAUGGAACUAGGGAGUUGCGGCGUGUCAGAUUCAGCCGCGAAAGGUUUGGAGAGAUGAAUGCAAAAACAUGGUGGGAAGAAAAUAGGGAGAGAAUACAAGCACAAUAUCUUUAGGAAUUUGCAAGUCUUGUUUUAUGCAGUUAGAGCUACCCUUUCUCUGAUAAUGGAAAUAUUUUGCAUUUUGCUGCUCACUGUUCAGCAUAUGAUGUGGAAUCUAGCCACUAAAUCCGAGUCACCAGUUGGGGAUGGAAAUAUGCUCUAAUUUUAUCUAGAGAUCAUCUACAGCAUUUGUGAUGAAUGAAUACGACGGACGGACAAAUACGACGGACGGACAAACCGAUGGUAUAGUUUCUAGAGGUGUUUUUUUGUUCUUUGGUUUUAGGAAAAGAAAGUAUCUAAUCUGUACUUUUUGGCCUUUGUGGUUUCUCACAUAUCAUACCUAAAUCUUGUAAUAUUCUUCCUUGUCUUUGCUUCUCUUGUGAAGAAUUUGUGUUUCGGAUGCGGAGCUUCUUUGGAUUAUUUCUCGUAAUUUACAUGUCCAGAGACUCUCUCUCUCU